AUGACACUCAAGUAUCUCAUAACCGGGGCCACGGGAGGUCUAGGCGCACAGGUACUGUCCUACCUUGUUGCCAAUGUUCCUGCAUCAGAAUACGCCGCUGCCUCCUCGAGCGAAGCCAACCGCAAGCGAUUUGAAGACCAAGGCAUCGCCUUCCGGUUAGUGAACUACGACGAUGCUUCGUCGAUGAAGAAAGCGUUCAAAGAUGUCGAAAAUCUGUUUUUCGUGAGCACCAACACGUUCGACGUCGAGAAGCGAGAGAAACAACACCAGCGCUUCGUCGACACAGCGAAAGAGAUGAACGUUAAACAUGUGUGGUAUACAUCUCUCGCCUUUGGUGGAUUCCAGUCCGACUCCAAAGCAGAUGUGCAACAAGCCCAUUUGAUCACGGAGGAGAUGCUGCGAAACGCUGACAUCAACUUUACAUCAAUCCGCGAAGGUAUAUAUGCUGAUGCGUUCCCGGUCUUCAUGGGCUGGUACCCCAGUACCGAAAAGGUAUAUCUGACAUCCGACGGCCCGGUCGCAUUUACGCUACGGGCGGAGCUGGGCGAGGCGACUGCUCGACUGAUGGUUCGAGGUGGCCAUGAUAGAGAGAUUGUGCUCCUCACUGCACAAGAAACGGUGUCUUUCGCUGAAAUAGUCGACGUGAUCAAUGAGACCACUGGCCGACAGGUUCAGGUAAAGCUAGUCUCGCCCGAGGAGUUUGUGAGGAUCAAGACAGCUGAGGAUAUCGGAGGGAAGCCAAAGGCCUUCUUUCAGAAGUUGGUGACGUGGUAUGAUGCGAUCGAGAAGGGGGAUGCUGGAGUUACUGUAUCGCUGAUGGCGGAUUUAUUGGAGAGAGAGCCGACGCCGGCCCGAGAGGCCAUUCGCGCGUUUUUAAGGGAGAAUCAAGACUAUGAGUGGCAUCAGAACUAUGCAAAUCGUGGUUAG